GUAAUAAACAGGGUAACGCUUCUUUCUCAAUUAUUUUUUUUUUAUUUUUCGAUGCUUUUUGAACAUCUUUCAUUUUUAUUGCCUAAAUUGUUAAUCUAAUUGAUAUCAAAAAUACAAGAAUACAGCCAUUAUCACCACUACAAGUAAUACUAUUUUUGAUCUCUCCAAUUCAUAAUGAGUGAGUCCGCCAUACUGAAAACAGAAUCCAUAUUGCCUCAAGGUCCAAGAGUAAGUGGAAAAGAAUGGAAACUCAAAAAGGAUCCAUUCAGAAUAAAUAAGCCAGACACCACUACUAAAAAUGUUAACAGCUCCUUUCAGAAGCGAUUGAAUCAACGAAACUUGAAAAAACAGUACGAUUUGAAACUAAAGGAAUUGAAAGACGAGUCUAAAUUGAAAAAGGACUUGGUGAUUCAAAAGAAAAAGGAAAAAAACUUGAGACUAAUGGAAAUUGAACGAGCUUCGAAAUUGUCCAAAAAAUUAAACGAAAAAAGAUUGAAAAGAUUGCAAAAAAAACAAAAAAGAAAUAAACUAUUAAAUGAUCGUUAACAUUUGUAUUUAUAAGUAUAUAUUCAAAAGUUCAAAAGUUCAAAAGU